AUGGGAGCAAUUGAGAGAAAGGAAAGUAAAGUCUUCUUCAUAGAUGGUCCGGGAGGUACUAGGAACACCUAUCUUUAUCGUUCUAUUCUGGCGACUGUCCGGGAAAAUGGUGGUAUUGCGUUAGCAACAACCACGUCUGGAAUAGCUGCUACCAUGAUACCUGGUGGGAGGACAUCACACUCGAGGUUUCAGCUUCCGAUGACACCGACAUCAACUUCAACGUGUCGUACGAAGAAGCAAACCGAGGAAGCUAAACUUUUGAGGCGUGCUACCGUCCUUAUGUGGGAUGAAGCUACGAUGGCGCAUCGCUACUCUUUGGAAGAAUUUGAUCGGACGAUGACAGAUAUCACAGGGAUUGCGGAACCAUUUGGUGGAAAGAUUCUAAUCAUGGGAGAUGAUUUCCGCCAGAAGAACAUGCGUGCAGUCGAGGAUGCAUCUUAUUCUGAGUUUUUGAUUCGUGUUGGUGACGGGGAUGAACCUUGCGUUUCUAAUGAGAUGAUAAAGGUUCCGGAAGAGAUGGUCAUACCAUGGGAUAGUGAUGCUUCUUUGUCUCAGCUUAUAGAUGUUCCAUUUCCAAACUCGGUGGAAAAUGCCAGAGACGUAGACUACAUGGUCAAUAGGGCAUUGAUCACACCAUUGAACGAGUACGUUGAGAAGCUUAAUGACCGAGUACUUAACAUCUUUCCUGGAAAAGAGGUUCUAUUCUACUCACUUGAUUCACUGGAUGACGAUACUCACUGCCUUUACCAACAAGAAUAUCUAAACAACAACGCUCCUGGAGGUUUGCCAUCACACAUUUUGAAAUUGAAGAUCGGUGCGCCCAUUAUGUUGUUGCGGAAUGUUGAUGCAAAAAAUGGUCUAUGUAAUGGUACCAGGUUAAUAAUCAAAGAGUUCUUCCCAAACUGUAUUGAUGUUGUUAUUAUUAGUGGUAAUUACAUUGGUACACGAGUCUUCAUUCACAAGAUGUCACUGGAGCCACCUGAGAAUCUGAAUAUCCCAUACAAGUUUAAGCGUAAACAGUUUGCGAUCUGUUUGUGUUUUUUCUUUACAGUCAACAAAGCGCAAGGGCAGACGAUCGAAAACACGGGCAUCUUUUUUCCUGAGCAUGUGUUCAGUCAUGGUCAACUGUACGUUGCUCUCUCGAGAGGAGUAUCAAGUAGCAACACGAAAGUAUUAGUCGCUAAAGGCACAAUUGCAAAGAAGAAGGGGACGUACAUGAAAAACGUUAUGUAUAAAGAAGUCUUUCUAUCUUAG